AUAGAACAUGGGGAAGUUCGCUCACAGUUCAAAUUACGGGCCUGUAAUUCAGUGUUUACAGCAUUAGACCACUGUCAUGAAGCCAUAGAAAUAACAAGUGAUGACCAUGUGAUCCAGUAUGUCAACCCUGCCUUUGAAAGGAUGAUGGGCUACCACAAAGGUGAACUCCUGGGGAAAGAACUCGCUGAAUUGCCCAAAAGUGAUAAGAACCGGGCAGACCUUCUCGACACCAUCAACACAUGCAUCAAGAAGGGAAAGGAGUGGCAGGGGGUUUACUAUGCCAGACGGAAAUCCGGAGACAGCAUCCAGCAACACGUGAAGAUUACCCCAGUGAUUGGCCAAGGAGGGAAAAUUAGGCAUUUUGUCUCCCUCAAGAAACUGUGUUGUACCACUGACAAUAAUAAGCAGAUUCACAAGAUUCAUCGUGAUUCAGGAGACAAUUCUCAGACAGAGUCUCAUUCAUUCAGAUACAAGAACAGAAGGAAAGAGUCCAUUGAUGUGAAAUCGAUAUCAUCUCGAGGCAGUGAUGCACCAAGCCUACAGAAUCGUCGUUAUCCAUCCAUGGCAAGGAUCCACUCCAUGACCAUUGAGGCUCCCAUCACAAAGGUCAUAAAUAUAAUCAAUGCAGCCCAAGAAAACAGCCCAGUCACAGUAGCAGAAGCCUUGGAUAGGGUUUUAGAAAUUUUACGGACCACAGAACUGUACUCCCCUCAGCUGGGUACCAAAGAUGAAGAUCCUCACACCAGUGAUCUUGUUGGAGGCCUGAUGACUGAUGGCUUAAGAAGGUUGUCAGGAAACGAGUAUGUGUUUACUAAGAACGUGAGCCAGAGUCACAGUCACCUUGCAAUGCCAAUCACCAUCAAUGAUGUUCCCCCCUGUAUUGCUCAAUUACUUGAUAAUGAGGAAAGUUGGGAUUUCAACAUCUUUGAAUUGGAAGCUGUUACACAUAAAAGGCCAUUGGUUUACCUGGGCUUAAAGGUUUUUUCCCGGUUUGGAGUGUGUGAGUUUUUGAACUGCUCUGAAACCACUCUUCGGGCUUGGCUGCAAGUGAUCGAAGCCAACUACCACUCCUCCAAUGCCUACCAUAACUCCACUCACGCCGCAGACGUCCUGCAUGCCACUGCUUUCUUCCUUGGAAAGGAAAGAGUGAAGGGAAGCCUGGAUCAGCUGGACGAGGUGGCAGCACUAAUUGCUGCCACAGUCCAUGACGUGGAUCACCCGGGGAGGACCAAUUCCUUCCUGUGCAAUGCAGGCAGUGAACUCGCUGUGCUCUAUAAUGACACUGCUGUCUUGGAGAGUCACCACACAGCCCUGGCCUUCCAGCUCACAGUCAAGGACAGCAAAUGCAACAUUUUCAAGAAUAUUGACAGGAAUCAUUAUCGAACACUGCGUCAGGCUAUUAUUGACAUGGUUUUGGCAACAGAGAUGACAAAACACUUUGAACAUGUGAACAAAUUUGUGAAUAGUAUCAACAAACCAAUGGCUGCUGAGAUUGAGGGAAGUGACUGUGACUGCAACCCUAUUGGGAAGAACUUUCCUGAAAACCAAAUACUGAUCAAGCGCAUGAUGAUUAAGUGUGCUGAUGUGGCCAACCCGUGCCGCCCGUUGGACUUGUGUAUCGAAUGGGCCGGGAGGAUCUCUGAGGAGUAUUUUGCACAGACGGAUGAAGAGAAGAGACAGGGGCUACCUGUGGUGAUGCCAGUGUUUGACCGGAACACCUGUAGCAUCCCCAAGUCCCAGAUUUCUUUCAUUGAUUACUUCAUAACAGACAUGUUUGAUGCUUGGGACGCUUUUGCACAUCUGCCAGCCCUGAUGCAACAUUUGGCCAAUAACUACAAACACUGGAAGACACUGGAUGACCUAAAGUGCAAAAGUCUAAGGCUUCCAUCUGAUAACUAAGCCAAACCAGAGAACAAGACCUCUUGAUCUACAAAAGGCACUGUGAAUCACAGUAGUGAAAGCAAGAGGCUUUAUAAUGAAAAAUGACAGACAUAGGUUAAGGAGCUAACACUUAAUAUUUGAUCUUGAAUCAUUCAAGUCCCCCAAUCUCAUUUUUAGAGCGUCAUGUUCCAUGGAGAAGAAUGUUUUUUGAGUCCCCACUUAGCAGAGCCAAUAUUUGGUACACUCCUUUACUCUGCUGUCAUCCUGUGUGCCCUUGUCAAACUCUGAAGCCGAUUCGUCAUAAUUGGUAGGACACAAAAAGAGAUUCGAUGCAUAUGAGCCCAUCCCCCUGGAUGAUGACCAAGUAAGAUAGCUAGUGUUCAGCUCACUUCUUACCAUGAGAGUCACCAUUAUGUUUAACUUUUUCCUCAAGAGCUUCAGUCUGAAGGAUUCAUAAGAAGUCCAUCUGAACAAAUGUAUCUUAAGAAAAAAAUAACUACACAAAAUGAACAAAAUAAGGCCAAAUUAUUAGUAAACUAGUUAUCAUCAUAGCCUCCAUGGCUAGAUGGUUCUCUGGUCACUGGGGUGACAUUCAAGUCAGAACACAGCCUCGGCCAGGUGAGUGCUCUCUAGACUGGCAUCAGUAGCCAGUGCAGCUCUCUUUUCUUGUAAAACCAAUUCAUCUGAGCAGAAGCCAGCCAUGAUGGGGGAUGGAAUGACAUUUUGUUUUGGAGGGAAUCCAUGAGCUUCCCUUAUUUCUGGCUUAGAGGUACACACAAGGCACUGUAGUAAGUAUUAUAUAAAAGCCAUUAUUCCGAAUGCCCUUGGACAAGCUUUU